GGGCGUCUGCCAGGUGUCCACAUUCAAACCUGUCCAUUUGGAGGAGGCUGCAUGGCAUCGGUGUAUAGCUGCCACCCGACCUGCAUGAGAGGGUGCAGCGCGUGUUGGAGAUGGAGAAGAGCGACGAGGAGGACACUCCUGUUGCGGGUGGAGGAGAAGGGGGCGAAGGCGGGAUUGCUGAGGAUCCCGGGGAGGCACCUGGGGGGACACCGGGGAGGUUGACAUCGCUGAGGAUGAGGGGACGAGGGGGGGCGCGCACACGUGGCCCGGUGAAGCAGACGAGCAUCAGGAGGUUUGCGAAGAACCCGAGCCAGGAGGACAUAGAUGACUCCUGCUGCGAGUUCUUCAUGGAGAAUGCAAUCCCGUUCAAUGCCGCCAUAAGAAGGAGCUUCAAGAAGAUCAUGCUGACGUGUAUCGGGCCACAGCCUGUGGGGAGUCACCCUCUCAUGCCCACUGGGUACAACCCCCUCAGGUGUCGCCUACUCGAUCGUUUGAACAAGAGGUUGGUGGAUGAGGAGCAGACGGUCCGUGACGACUGGCAGGUGACUGGAUGCACGUUCAUAACUGAUGGCACCACAAACAUCUGUGGGCGAUCACUUAUGAACUACAUCCUUGCAGGCCGGUCGAAGCCUGUUUUCGUGAAGUGCAAGGAUGUGAGCGAGGGAGACAAGGACUCUGCAGCUGUGGUUGUCGGGUGGAAGCGUUUCUUCAGAGAGUGGCGGGUGGAGAAGAUCACGGCAAUAUGCACUGACUCUUUCACCGGGAAUUUGAGUGCCGCGAGGAUGUUGAGGGAGGACCCCGAGUUCAGGCAGAUCUAUUGGAUCCCUUGCACAGCUCAUUGCAUGGACCUCCUCAUGCACGAUAUAGGCAAGAAGGAGUGGGCGGAUGUCAUCAUCACCAAGGCCAACAAAGUGGUGAACUUGUUUCGGGUUCACAGGUGGCCUCAGCCGCAGUUGAGGACACAACUGUUGAAGUACCCCGACUUGGAUUGCACCUGCCUCCUUCGGCCUGCUCAGACCAAGUUCGGGACGAGCUAUGUGAUGCUGCAGCGACUUGAGGUGUGCGAGAGGGCCAUUGUGCGUGUCGUCACCGGACACGGCUGGGAGACCAUGCUGUGGCGAGGGGAUAUCAGGGCGAAAGCCGACUUCGUGGAGGAGACAGUUCUUGACAAAGCAUUCUGGGCUGAUGUCAAGAAGCUGACUGUCGUCAUGAAGGGGCCUUAUAAUGUGUUGCGAGAGGUGGACAAAGAUGUCCACUGCUGUAAUGUCGACCUCAUGGCACAAUUCGAGAGCGUCGUGGAGCGGCUCAUCGGGGAGAAGGGGAGCUCGAGAUUUGACGACUACAUGGACCAGUUGUACGAGUUCCAGUUUGGGAGAGGAUUCUUCGGCACCCCGCAGGCAAAGAAACGAGCUGAGGAGGACAAUGCGGUGCUGUGGUGGGAGGCGCAUGGUGAAGGGCAUCCAGAGAUCUGGGAUCUGGCGCUGAAGACGAAGUCCAGGAACAAGUUGCACCACCAGCGCACCGAGAAAUUGGUGGCCUCGCACUGGAGCUUGAGGCUCAAGAGUAGGGGGGAGGAUGGGCCCACUGUUGCAGGAGGGUGGUUGGGGCUCGCAACUGACUGGGAGGACGAGGACUUGGGGGGUGACAUGGCAAAUGUCACAGAGGCAGUUGACGACAUUGAGGCCGCUGGUGAGGGUACUGCUUCCGCGGUUGGCAGCACCAACAUUCGCCAGGAUCCCGCUGCGCCGUCCACAUCGAGAUCGGCGAAGAGGUUAGUGCAAGUGGAGGAGGGUGGGGAUGAGGAUGAGGCCGAUGAGGACGAUGUCCCCGACGAGGAGUGGGUGGACGAGAGAUCGGACUCAGGCAGAUCGUGGACGAGGAGAGAGGGCAUUGUACCCUAUGUCCAAGGCACACGAUCUGGAUUGAGGUCCCAGACUAGGGUGCAGCCAGAGGGGCAGCAGGGGGAGGAUCCCUUGCGAGAGGCGUGUGCACAUGUUCAGUCGUUUCAUCCGGUGAGACAGGAGGAGGAUGAGCAGCAGGAGCAGGUUGAGGAGCGGAAGGGGUGGCCCGAGCCACGGGAGCUGCACGACGAGGAUGAGCAGCUUGCAGAGGAGCAGAAGCAGGAGCAGCAGCAAGAGCAGCAGCAGGAGCUGCAGCAAGAGCAACAGCAGGAGCAGCAGCAGGAGCAGCAGCAGCAGCAGCAUGAGAAGGAGAAGGAGCAGCAGCAGCAUGAGAGGGAGAAGGAGCAGCAGCAGCAUGAGAGGGAGAAGGAGCAGUAGCAGCAUGAGAGGGAUGAGAGCAGCAGCAGCAGAGGGAGGAGCAGCAAAGGGUGGAUCCCACAGACCAGCACGAGACCGCAGUGCAGUCGGCC